AUGACUUACAACUCUUAUUACGGAGGUGUCCCAUACCAGGGACAGUCUUCCUAUGCACCUCCGUUGUAUCCAGCUCAACCGACCUACUCCCAGCCAGCUCCAGGCCAGCCCCCGCCCAACGGCAAUGCCUUUCCCAGCUUCAACAUGGUGUCUGCACAAGCUUCCUACGAGCAGAACAGGAGCGUCAUCCCCGGUCUUGCGUUUGGUGCUCCGACGAGUGACGUGCCUGCGCCAUGGCCACAAACACACCAGGCAACCCACGCGCAGCCGUCGCACGAGCCCAACCUAGUGCCCGCCUCCCAAUACUAUCAGCCGCGUGGUGGUCGCUCCAAUGGAGCCUCGAACAAGCGUAGCGAGCAGCCUGGAAACGGGUUGAAGAGCCAACAUGCAAGCGACAGGGCAGAGGAAGGCGAAUUAAGCGAGGGCGAGUACGACGAUCUGUACGAGCCAACUGUGUCUAAUCAGCAAGAUCAACAACACCAGGACAACAGUGCUCAGUCUGGCAAAAAGGUCUGGCCUGAUGUUGCGGCGGGUCCCGGUGAUGCUCCCACGACAGGACGAGAUUCUUACUCCCCCUACCUCUCUCCGCAUGAGAUUCAACCUGCCCUGAAGCCUGGAAUGUCUCGAGCCACCGUUCGAACCAAGGAACAGCCGUCCCACUCGACCGCCAGUCGAGUUGCGGCAGCACCCCCAACUGCUCCUUCUGCAGAUGUCCUCCUUCAGGCCAAAACCAAGGCACGCUCCGCGAUCCUAGGCCUCUGGUCGCUCGACGUGAGAUACGAUGAUUUUGUUUCUGAAGGUAUUGAUAAAGACUUGGUCAGGGUGCUUUUCAACGACCUUGGCCUGGAUCCUGUCCCCGACUCGCAUCCUGUCAAAGAUGGCGGACUCAGCUCCCAUAUCCCUGGCCUGUCUUCUUCAAGCCAUAUUCAGGAAACUCGUCCGGUCAUGCCUCAAAGCAAUGUCCCGCACAUUACACAGCCAUCGGCCUCGGCCAACAGCUCAGCCAACGAACCAGUUGUAGCUGCCACAGGCAAGGCAGAGGAACGGAAAGAUCGGAUUGCCCGACUUCUUGCCGCAAAGCAAGCAUUGUCUGGAACAACCACAGCCGUCGUGUCGACAGGAACAGUAGGAGCUGAGAAUAGCAACGAAAAGCAGCUGAAACUGCAAGAAAAGAUGGUGGCCUUGCAAAAGUCUCGCGAAGCCCGUGCCCAGAAGGCAGCCUCUCGAAAGGGUUCUGAAGCAGCUCAACCCGUGCCCCCUGCGACCACGAACGGCUUGCCCUCGAUCCCUCCGCCGUCAUUGUCCGUCACAUCAACUCCCACUCACCCAUUGCCUGCCAAGGUGGAUAUCCCCGUCCCCGAUUCCGCGCGGUCUGUCAUUCCCGGCCUCUUCAUGCCGUCUACUUCUCAGCACGCACAGUCACCCAGCAAUCAGCGAAAACGACCUGUCGCAACCGACUUUGAUGGCUAUGCCCAAGCAAACAUCCAUACGCGCCCUCUUGGCCCGUCGCGCAAGAGCAAACUUGUGAUCGACGUUAGUGAAGGGUCAGAUGACGACGUCGAGAUGGAAAUUGGCUCUGGCGACGAGUCCAACACUAAUGUGCAGUCCUCUGACCAUCCUUUCCGGAGAACUACUUCGUUCCGUGAUGUCCCACCUCUGUCAGAGCCUGCAGGCCAGCGACAAUUUUCCGAUACUGGCCCUGCCCGCGUUGCUACGCCUCCUGGUCACCUGGCAGUUAUGGACAAGCAGAUCGAGGCUAUGAAGCGCAAGAUCGCUCUCGCCGAAGCGCGCAAGAAACUCAAGUCUGCCCUCAGUGGGAGCAAUGGACAAGCUGCUUUGCCAAAAUCGGGCGGCCCCACCCCGGACACGGCAGCAGAUUCGGAUACCGCGACGCCUUCUCUUCGUCGCGUGCAGUCCCUGGACCCGUCGCUUAGUGUGGGCAGCAACACAAAUCGUUCGUCCCCCGUUGCGCCAGAAAUGGGCUCAAUCAAGCUCCCAAAGAAUCGCGAUAUCGCCAGGUCUGGUUCAGAUCGCUUGCAGCGCGUACGCGUCCUGAGUCAAAGCUUGCCAGGCAUGCAGUCAAGACUGCAAGCCAAGAAAUCCAAACUUCGACUGCUGCAGUCACAGAUGGCACGUCUGGAGAAGGAGAUCGAGCAGGAGGACGCUGAGAAGCGCUCCGCCGAGGAUGAACUCGACGGCCUGCAAGAACUUGUAGCAUCGGGUGAAGAUGAACCCCCUUACUCACCGGAUGGGGCGCGCAGGGUAACAGCUCAAGAGUCCAUUGUUGAUGAUGCUGAGACUGCCUUGCAACGUACUUCGACAAUUGCCGAUAAGGGCGCAGACAAAGAGGAUACCGACGGAGGCGUGGAAAUCCCCUCUUUGGCGCGAGAUAACGAUGCCGGGAAGACUGUCGAGCUAGUCACGCCCUUGGCCUUGGAGAAUUUCGCGGGUGGUCAGACUGAUCCGGCUAUCGCUGCCCAGCACACGCCCGGACUUGAGGUGGCUGCAGAAGCUCCCAAGAAGUCGAGCCCCGACACAGGAGUUUCAAGUGGUGCAUCGCCUGUACCCGUGACGGGUGACAGCCAUGCUAGCAAUGUACCAGAUCAUUCCGACCAUCCGUCUCCAGCAGCGGCCUUGUCUACGGCUGGCUCAACUGGAACAGGCCAAGGCAACGAAAGUGGAAAUGAGGAAACUGAUAUGCAGGUGGACUCACCUUCAGGUGAAUCAGACGAUACAGUGGCCGUGAUUGACGAUGAAGACGUGCUGCCGCUUACAGGCCCAGGGAUCGGCUCGCAGUCCCCCUCGGUUGAUGUCUCCACCCAGCCGGUUCAGAUAUCUGUUGGCAUUGAUGAGUCUCAUCCGGAUGAAGGUCUCAACAACAACGCAAGAGAACCACGCCCCGCUCGCCAGGACGGUCGCAGCUCAAGCGAGAACGGCUUUAGUCCCUACGAGAGUCCCUUCCAGUUUGUGUCCAGAUCAACUAGAUGGUCGGAGGUGCCCCAAGGGUCGGAAUGCGAGUACCAGCAUUUCGAAUCCAUGAAACUGCCUGACGACCAGAUCCUCCUCCAGCUCGGUGGCACCAACGUUGACGGACCCAUGAGGGUUCAGUACAAUAACGGCUUGCGAGAGCUCUUGCAAGACAUGAGACAGCGCAACAUCAAGGACUUCCCUAGCAUCGCGCAAGGGAUUGUGGAUUACCACAACCGCUUCACGGGCGAUCCAUCUCGGAUCCUGACCCUGGGCGAUGUUCUGAUCUAA